AUGAGGACAAGGAGCCAAGAUAGGAGGACUGAAUGUCGGGUGCUGCCUAACAAUCUUUGGGACAAAAUAGCAGAAGACACAUUACCAGGAAACAUCGAGGAGUGGCUUCGAAUUGCAACUCCAAAACAAGAGAAGGAUAAGAUUAUAGUAGUAGUAGUCUCAGACUAUCUAUAUAGUCAGAAAACCAAGGAACAGCCCAUAAAGGAGGGAAAACCUCGUUCAGCUAAAGUAGAAAGGCCAAAGUCUAUUCCCAUAAGGAAAAGAAGGAUAAGAUAG